GGUAAACACUCUGAUUCUCAUGUCGCAGCUCUUCACUGCCUGAGGAUAUCAUUUUAUAGCACCAGAAGCAAGACUUAACUAAGAUUGUCUUUAAAGGAUGUUGACAGAGUUUGAGACGAUGCCUUACGUGACUGAGGUGAAGCUGGGUGGUUGCCGAGGUUCUUGGAGUGGGGCGACCCCCUCGUCCUAUGCAGAGGUGGACCUGGAGGUCAUCGAGGAGUACCUGCAGGAGCAUUCGCUCGAGGUCCAGCCUGCCCACACACCAGCAACAUCCACUACAGCUAACAUGGGCCACCAGACGCACGCUAACUCCCACCGGGACGCCAGGAUCAUAGAGAACAGUUGGGCAGGUCAGCAUCCAUACCAGUGGCGUUAUGAAGACCAAACACCACAUCCAGUCUGGCCAAGUCCACCAAACAAUCAAUGGGAACACAUAACAUACUCCUACGAAGCUCCUGUAUACAUUGAUUCAGAUUCGCAAUCUAGCAGUUCCCAGUAUCAGGAUUACCAAGAUUCACCAUCACCACCCUCCGACAGAGGGGAGAGAAAGGACAGAAGAUUGCCUUUGGCACCAUUAUCAGGAAAGAGGAAGGAGCGCCUGUUCCAGUUCCUGUUUGAGAUGCUUGAGACACCAUCUAUGAGGAGCUGCAUCUGGUGGGUCCAAUCCUCCUCUGGAACCUUUCAGUUCUCCUCUCAGAACAAGGAGAGCCUUGCACAGUUAUGGGGUCGCAGGAAGGGGAACCGCAAGACUAUGACCUACCAGAAGAUGGCACGGGCACUGAGGAACUACUCACGGACAGGCGAGAUUCACAAGGUGAAGAGGAAGCUUACCUACCGCUUUGAUGAGAAGACGCUGAGAGGCUUACAAGGAGAUUCCAAAUUAGAGUAGUGUGACGAAGAGCGAACUUCAGAAAGUCAAGGGACUGACCUGACAUUUGAUUUGCGUAGAUUCUUACUUAAAGGUAUUUUAAAUGACAAAUGAAUACUAAGUAUUCAAAAGGCCAGAGCAUGAACUACUGCCGGUUGGAGCUUUUUGCAGAUACAGCAGUGGAGUUUGAAAGAAGGCUGAACAAGAAAUGAUGAAAGUCAAUUUCAGGCUGUGUAUGAGAGGUCAGCUGGCAAUCACCAAGUAAAUCUAUAAGAUUAUGAGAUAUUAUCUACUUUAUAAGUAGAAUUCAAUUCCGUCUGUUUAUAAAAGUUGUUUUUCUUUGUUUGUUUUUUUUUGUGAUUCUGUGUUAUAUUCAGAUUUUCAAAAGCACAUGAUAAUUAGUCUGUGUACGCAUGAUCUGUUUGUCUCAAAAUAUCUUGUUUAACAGAAAAUAAAUCUAAAAA